AUGGCGGCUGGCGAUGAGGCUCCGGGCAGCCCGCUACCGAACAAGCGACCACCUCUCGCCCACCGACACUCCAGUACCUCGUCACACGUCUCGCACUCACCGGGCGACUCGACACAUAAGGUCAACCAUAAACCCGCACACCACAAGCCGCAGCGACAUGUCGUCAGCCAUCACAACCGCAUGGGCUCGCGCAACCCGAGCUUCCACCGCUCUCUGAGCAAGAUCAAGAUUCAACAACACGACCAGCGCCAACAAGACGACGACGAGCCUCCGACUCCGAGGACGAAACAACAGGCCUCGGUAGCCUCUCAAUCGACCUUUGUACCUCAGAGCCCGUCCCGUCCAAACAUGAAGCGCAACAACACGUCGAUCCACCUGCCGCGCACCCAUUCGCAUGCCGGCCUCAAGAAGAACCUCUCAAGUGGCCAAUUGUCUCGUCUAGGUGCUGGGAAGAGUAUCGCUCAUGGCCGCAAUACGAGCCAGCAUCAAAGACCCGACAUGCGACGUGCCAAUACACAACCCGUCAAGCGAUCAAAGAGUCCUGCGCCAAAGGUGUCCCAGGUACAAUUCGAUGUGGGCAACGAUGACGAUGACGACGACGGUGAAGAGAUGGAAGGUGUCGACGACCAAUGGACAGAAGAGAGUGCCUCGGCCUCUCCCAACACAACUCGCGACAACACACGUAACAACACGCGCCAGAACUCGGUCGUUCUUGACCCCCGCCAAAACCCCUACGCGAGACAGCUCGCGGAAGAGGAAGCCGCCAACGAGUCUUCAGGUAGUGACACUGUGGGCUCGCGUAGUCCGCCCAAGCCUGCAAAAGCCCCCGUCACCCUCUCCAUCCGCACAAAAGACUUUGCUGCUCCUCCACCAGCUCCUCUCUCCGCGCCACAAACACAACCACAACCGCAACAGCAACAGCAACAGCAACAGCCGCCAACAUCGUCAUACAAUGCUCAGGUAGCUCAACAGCACAUGCCAGAUCCUGAUGCUAUAGCACGGCGCCUGCUCGAGAGAAACUCUGCCUUGAACGCCGCGCCACCUAGGGUGUCCUCCAUCUCAGCAUUGGCCAAUGCAAGUCCCGGCGAUCCAAAGAGUCUAUCGACAUCGAACGCCGGACCCAACACACCACUCGUCUCGCGCUUCAUCUCCAACGAUGGCAUGAACAGUAAGGAUGGCACGCCAGCCGACCAGUCGGGCUAUUUGCAAGGUGCCAAAGGCCACUCUCGCACCGUCUCGCAAGUCCAGACCCGCAAAGAGCAAUCAGAUCUCUAUCGCAAUCAAUCUACUCCAAACUUCGCCUCGCAGAAACAGCCACCAACACCUACAGGCUCGGGUGCUGUCACCCCGGACCCGGCGCUGAACCAAAGCAGAACACAACAAAAACUAUGGCUACAGCGUGGUCUCUCCAAUAUCGAAGCCACUUCACAACCCCACCUACCCGGUCUGUUACCCACAGGCCGUGCGCAAGCCAUGCGCACCCCGCACGCCGGCAAGCAGUUUGAGUUUGUCGACAAGGAAUGGGCCGUCGUGCGUCGCUUUCAAAACCCUCUUGAUGCCGGUCUCGAACGAUUGCGAAAGAUGAAUGGCGGAUCUCUCCCUGGGCGACCGAUCAAGUCAAAAGCCGGUGCCGCUCAACAGCAUAGCAAUAAUGGCGGUGUGAAUGGACAUGCUAAACGACCAUCAACUUCUGCAUCUGUUGCUAGUAGAAAGAGCAAUGCCACUGUUGUAGCAGGCUCAGAACGACCCACUGCAGGCAGGAAGACUCGUGUGAGCUUUCACAUGGGCGAGGCUGAUGGCGACAACGACGACGAUGAACAUGACGAUAACACAUCACGGUCAGACCGUGACACUCCUGCAGAUAUAGCACGCAGGUUAUGGGAUGCACCUAUUGGGAUACAAGUAGAGGGCUAG